AUGGAAGGAAAGGCCUCGAAUAGCGAGUCGACGACUCCAGGACAGUCUAUCAGCCAGCUCCCGCAGCAGGGCAUUUCUUUAACUCCCACACUGGCAGAAGUACCCAAGGCCGAGUGCAGCGAGAAGGGAACAGCGACGGAGGGACCCUUGACGACGGACGAUGAUGACUCGGAGAUGGUCAAAUGGGACGGCGAGAGUGAUCCUGAGCUGCCGGUCAAUUGGCAACCCUCCAAAAAAUGGCAGAAUGUUGUCAUGGUCUCGGCCUUGACUUUCGUGACUCCGUUUGCGUCGUCUAUGUUUGCCCCGGCGAUCAACCAAGUCAUGGCCGAGAUGGGCACCUCGAACCGCGACAUCGGCUCGUUUGCCGUAUCGAUCUAUCUGCUUGGUUACGCAUUUGGACCUCUCGUGCUGGGACCCUGCAGUGAACUAUACGGGCGUCUGAUUGUCUAUCAUACUGGUGCCCUGCUAUUUAUUCUCUGCAAUGUCGCUUGCGCGCUGUCCGUUAGCAUGCCAAUGCUCAUCAUCUUCCGUUUCUUAACCGGUCUUAUAGGCGCUGCUCCGUUGACAAUAGGUCCUGGUACCGUUGCAGAUUGCUUCCGCCAAGAGGAGCGCGGGCGUGCCAUGGCAGUCUGGACAAUGCCUGUGCUGCUGGGGCCUUGCCUGGGACCAGCGGUUGGAGCCUACGUGUCCCGUUCGCUGGGUUGGCGGUGGAACUUCUGGCUUUUGAUCAUCGUGCGGGAGACCCAUCCUCCGACGCUCCUGAAGCGCAAAGCCGCUCGGCUGAGAAAAUCGACGGGCAACCCCAACAUACGCCCUGUCAACCAUACCACGGUAUCCCGGAGCCAACUGAUCACAACGAGCAUUGUCCGGCCCAUCAGGAUGCUUUUCCUCUCGCCGGUGGUUUUCGGACUCUCAUUGCUGACCGCUGUCGCGUAUGGAACGCUCUACCUCUUAUUCACGACAGUAACCGACGUCUUUGCAUCGCGCUAUGGCAUCGCCACCAAUGUGGGCCUGAUAUAUCUUGGCUGUGGCUGUGGUCAAUUUGCCGGCCUCUUGAUCUUAGGGCUUGUUUCCGAUGCAAUCGUUAAGCGAGCAGCCCAAGGCGGAGAAAUGAAGCCCGAAUACCGUCUGCCCCCCACGAUCUUUGGGGGAUCUAUGAUUCCUAUCGGCUUACUCAUAUAUGGCUGGACCGCUGAGUAUAGGGUCUUCUGGUUCGUGCCUGUUAUGGGCACAUUUUUCAUCGGGCUUGGCAUGAUCACGGUUUUCACCCCCGUUGGGACGUACCUGAUCGACGCAUUUCCCAUGUACGCUGCCAGCGCCACCGCUGCCAAUACGGUCUUCCGCAGUGUGGGGGGUGCGCUUCUUCCACUGGCGGGUCCCCGAAUGUAUAGUACUCUUGGCCAAGGCUGGGGGAAUACGCUUCUGGCUGGUAUAUCCUUGCUUAUGAUGGGCAUGAUUUUCCUGUCCCUGCAGUAUGGAGAACGGCUGAGGACACAUCCCAAGUACCAAAUUAAGCUAUGA